UCUCUUUAAUCUGUAUUCCUACAUUGUCACUCUUCAAAUCUAGUUUUUCUGCAAAUUACAUUUAUUAUAUAAUCGGUAAAAUAAAUUGGAAAAAUGGGUAAACAUUUUGGAGAACUAGCCAAAAUUCGUGGUUUGAUCACUUAUAAAUUGUCUCCACACGAACAGCGAGCCUAUGCUGGAGCAAUUUCCAAUGGAAUCCCUAACAUUUUUCGUAGAUUUCGAGAGAAUGUAUUUAGGGUAGCUCCUCCUUUCAUUAUCGGAUAUCUAGUUUAUGAAGGAGUUGAAAGAGAACAUCAUCGUCUUGGCCGCAAGAAUCCUGCUGAUUUUGAAAAUGAUCAAUAAGUAAUAUUAUACAUUCUAUUAUUUUAUAAAUUAUUAUGUUGUAGUUAUUGUAAUUAUUAAAUGUAAUAUACAACA